UUAAUGCUGUCUGCUCCCUCUUGUGUUUUUUUUCUCUUUUCUCCACAUGUGGGACCAAUCGUGACCACACCUGGCUUAAACUGACUGAUUCCCACAUCCAUAUCCUCACACAUAAUCACUCUUUCUUACACACACUCAUCAAUUGCGCAUACCCUCACACACUAUACAGUCUACACCUCACUACCUUCUGCCUCCAGUACAAGCCCACAGUGAUCGCCUGUGUGUGCAUCCAUCUUGCAUGUAAGUGGUCCAACUGGGAGAUCCCAGUUUCCACUGACGGGAAACACUGGUGGGAGUACGUGGACAGCUCUGUCACUCUCGAGCUGCUUGAUGAGUUGACCCAUGAGUUUCUGCAGAUUUUGGAGAAGACGCCCAGCCGAUUAAAGAGGAUACGCAACUGGAGGGCAACACAAGCUGCUAAAAAGCCCAAAACUGAGAGCACCCAGUUGAUGGACAACUCCUUUGCUGGGCCUUCCAUGCUCCACGACCAAGGUGAUGCCUCACUUCCUGGAGUCUCCUCCUCCAACCCGAGUUUUUCCAAAGCAGGCGCCGCCUUCACCGUGCCCAUGCCUGGCCAGCCCGUGGGUGCACCCCUGUCUCUGGACGCCAUGGCUGGCACAUACAAUCCUGUUAGCCACAGCGAGUGGCCCCAGGGCAAACAGAGCCAAGCGGGGUAUCCUUCCUCCUGUUUAAAACAGGAACCCCUCAGCAUCCCUCACCAAGAGCAGACGCUAUCCUUGCAGACCUCCUCUUCCUCUUUGCUUCAGCAUCCACCAAUAUACAGGACUGAGAAAACAAUAGACUUCAACCCUGUCAAACAGGAACAAAAAGGAGUUUGUGGGGGUGGAGUGGGCAAGCAUCAGCCACCACCUCAGUCUGCAUACCCUCCACCAGUUCAGCCUCCUCCACCACAGCCUUCUGCAGCUCAGAAGCUUUCUCUCGACAAAUACAGAGAGAAACAUGCUGCAGAGCUGGCUGUUUCUGGGCAGAAACGCCGGCAGGAGCAGCAUGGCGGAGUAAUGGAUUGCGAUCUGAGGGGAGAAAUGUCGUCUUCCUCCUCUUCUACCUAUGCACCAUCAUCCAUGAGCCAAGUAGACCAUAGAAAACACUCACAGCCCCACCAAACAUCCCAUGGUGGUGGUGGCAGCACAACUGCCUCCCCAAUGAAAAUUAAAGUCCCUUCCUCCUCAACUUCAGGGCAAGACAGACGUCAUCACAGUGACAAACGGGACAAAGGCUCACUUAAACUGCGCCUGGCUGUUCCUGGGUCUGGCGGCAGCUCCCAGCUGGAUAAAAGUGUACAACCCAGCAAAGACGAACUUAAGAUGAAGAUAAAAGUUUCAUCAUCAGAGUGCCACAGCUCAUCAGAUGAAGGCAUGGCAGCCAACAACAAUAAGAAUAAACAUUCCAGCCCGCUGGUGAGCAAGGAGAAACAUCGUGGAGCGGAGCACAGCCUCCAUCGCCAUCACAAGCACAGUCACCCUCACACGCACAGUGGUAAUGGGCGAGGAGGCCCCGAGGGCUCAGGUGGCGGGGGAGGCUUGCUACGGGGUACCCCAGGACUGGUCAGCAUGGAAGGGAUGACACUUGCUCCUCCUGGAUCCACCUCUUUGUCUUCAUCAACAUCGCGCAAGAGGGCGUACCCAGAUGUCAGCCACAAUCACCACCCUCCCUCCUCAUCCUCCACUUCUUGCUCUAAAGUGAGCAAAAUCUCCAAGGGUGGCACUGGUGCUGCAGGUACUUCAACUUUUUCUUCCCCCUUUUUUCCCCCUUGCUCCUCUCCUAAACUGCAGUGUGUCUCAUCUGGCUUGCAGCUCUUUGGCUAACAUCCCUCCCUCCUCCUCCUCUUCCCUUUUCUUGUUUCUCCUCCUCCCCUCCUGUCACACCCAGGUGGGCUGCGGACCUCUCAGCAGUACCCUCCUCCUAGUGAAUCGCCACAUGAAGUGGGAGAGCAGAGACACUGAGUCCACCACUGGCCAGCACAUGGAAAUGGCUUCAAACUACCACAGUUGAGACUUUGAAAACUAUGCUCUCCUCCUUGUCAAGUGCCCUAGAAAAAUAACUCUUUAUGUGAAGAUAAACCCUUUACUGAAAGGCAGAAAAACUUAUCUCCAAAAACAUGAAAAGUAUUGUUGGACUUCUCAAUUUCUGAGAGACGAGAAAGAUGAAAAAUUAUGCUUCCUGACUCACAUCUCUGGGCUGUGAUGCUCAGUCCUGUUUUUCUGUUUGUGUGUUGAAUUGCUGCUUGGUUCUCCUUCCUCCUCAAAUGGGUCUAGGAAUGUGCGACGGUUGGGUGGGUGUGACUGGGGUGGGCAGGGGUUGAGUGUGUGUUUCCAUUGGGGUGGGGAGUCCUUCCCUACAUUUCCGAUCUCCAUAUGGUGAAACAAAAGUAUUACAAAUACUACUUUAAUUAAAUCACAUUUCUACAGUUGUAUGGAGGAAGCAGGUGGCCAGCUGGAGAUGAGUUCAAGUUACGUUUGCUGGCAUUCCAUUUAGUACUGUUGAUGGAUGCAAUUUUUUUAGGUGUAAAGUUUCAUCUCCUCAAUUACUUUCUUGUCUUGAUUUCUUUUUAUACUUAAGUACUGUGCGUAUGAUUUGCAUGUUUCAAUCAUCAAAGGGAUUUAAAAGGAGCACUUGCUUACUGUUUACAGGAAGUGGAGAUAAAUGUACAUACGUUUUUGUAUGUUUAAAGAAAAAAAAGCUAUACCAUGAUUACUCAGGUUUGGAGCUGCUUGUAAGUAUAACAAGAAAACUAUAAUACCUAUAAAAGACUUUUAUUUUGUUGAUUUACCGUUUGGGCAUCAUCGGCUGAAUGAUUGCUGCAUUCCAGUGGUGUGUGUUCCUUACAGCCUUCCUACAGAGGGUGCUGUACUGUGCUUUUCCAUUACAGGAAAUAUCAGUUAAUGCCCUCAGCAACACAGGCACAUUCAACACCUACUAGUUACAUCAGAGCAAUGCAAUUUGUACCAAAAAUUACUUUUUGGACCUCUUAGUAGACCUUAAGCUGGAUGCCAAAGGUUUUGCCUCAAAAAGGAAAAAACUGACAUGGACAGACGUAGUGUGCUAUUAAAGUUUACAUAACCCUUUUUAUUUGCAUCAGACAUAAGUGCAUCAGACAUAAUGUCAUGGCAUGAAGUUGUAGCCCUUUACAUGUCAGCCCAUAAAAGGGAUACAUGUAUUCAAUCAACCAUUAACGGUACUAUUCAGGAGAAGAAAAAAAAAAAAAAACAGUUGUUGGCUCUUUGAAUUCCAGCAACAAUUGUUAGAACACUGACUAAUUGGCCAUAUGCAAGAUGACCUGCUGGAUAUGUUGGAAACCUCAAGCAUCUGUAAUGUGGGUGUGCUUGAUAGUUUUUGUCACUGACGUCCUCAUCCAAUUAGUUGAAUUUAUAUUUACAGCCAUGUACCUGUCCAGACACGUCUUUACAUCAGUUUCAUACAUUAAACUCUAUAUUGUCCUAAAAUCUUGACAUGACCCAGUCCCCUCUGUUUUUAACUGGGUUACUCAUUUAUUUUAGAGUGUGCAAAAUGCCUAAUAAGCCUGAGGGUGGAUUGCUUGUAUCCUCAUCAGGGAUUUUACAGUUGGGCACACAGAAAAAUAACAGUUGUGGACAAAUGAGCAUAAGCCACUCUUGACAUCCUUUUUUCUUUUCAAUUCAAUAUUACAAAUAAACUUCGAAGUUGCCACUAUCCUGACAUAGUACAAAUUCUGGUUGUUGCUGUCGUUUUAUUACACAUACUGUAUAUCCAUGUUGCUAGACUCUAGGAGUAGAGAAACUUACUGAUUUGUUGAUUUGAAUAUGAGGAUACAUGUCUGCACAGUAGCUUAAAGUUCUCAUGUGUGGCAUGUCUUUUAAGCACAAUUUUACACAGAUUCCUCAAUAACUCA